AUGGUUCUCUUUAAACGUAAACCGGUGCAGUUCCUGCCGCCGGCAGAUAUUCAAGACGAAAAUGCAGAAGUAUGGCACAUUCCCCAGACCGGAGAGCUCUUCCUGAGCUAUGAGGACUAUCUAAGCCGUAUGGAUUUUUACAAACAGCGUCGAUUCAACGAUCAAAUAACAGGCCACUCUGGCCUCACCUUUUUUGAGGCUUUCAACAGUGAGCUUACCGGCGGUCGCGAAGUCGAAGCUUCGUUUCCUGAAGCACUCAAAGGCCCGAUUCUCCGCAAAGUCCAGUUCCAAACCAUUUCUCGUCUGGACAAUCUUGUUGAUUUAAUCUACGACGAGUUUAAGCACGAUUAUUACCCAGGAGAAGAGGUGACGGUAACCUUGGACGGUGGUGAUAGGAUUCACGGCCUCGUUCGGGACAAGACCACCUUCGGCCCAAGGAUAUUACCUGACGGCGCCCGGACACUACCUGUGACACGCUACCUCGUCAAUAUCAAAGACUCCGACAAAGAAACCAUCGUUACCGAUGAGCACAUCUGUCGCGAUCGUGGUGUUUUCACCAAGGCUAUGCUACGCUCGUUCAUCAAGAAGACGGUUAUCAGAGAAGCAUGGACAGGGGCGCCAUGGCUAGUCAAGCAUGACUACGCUAAUAUAUAUCACAUUGAUACCAGAGUCCCCCCUCAGCUUCGACACGAUACAAAGCUGCUAGAACGGAAACAACUCCAGGCCCAAAAACGGGGUAUCACAAGUGAAAUGAACGGUGUUUCAAAUGCCGGACCGAUGCGACUCCCGGAAUUGAAGCCCGCUACAAAGCAUCAUAAGGGGAAGCAAAGUCAAUUCGGUAUCAAGGGGCUUAAGUGGCCUCUCAAUGAGCCUGUCAAUGGCGUUAAUGGGCUAAUACAACAUGAGCAACAAAGGGCUACGAUACGUGAACCCACACCGCCGCCUCCUCCUCCCCCUACCAAGUAUCCUAUUGAAGACCUAUCACUGCCGCCCAAAGAAGGCAGCGUUCGUCCCCGUCUCAAAUUCAUGUGUCACGAUCCUCCGGUCAAGAUUGAGCCCGAGAUCGACGAAUCUAGGCCCUUCUUCGACAAAAUCGACAUGGCCACAGUCGGUGCAUUCCUAGAAACCUGGGACACCCUUAAUGUGUAUUGCGAGAUUUUCCAGCUCGACUCUUUUACAUUUGACGACUUUGUCGAGACUAUGUCUGUGGCUUCCGAACAAGUUAAGGUUCAGUUAUUCGACGAGAUUCACUGCUCUGUGCUGAAAGUACUAGUCGACUCGGAACGCGAAGGAGGUAAAGUUCGCAUCAACUUACCGGAACUAGCAGACGACCACAGCGACGAAGAAGAAGGCGAGGAAGAAGAUGAUGAAGCAGACGAAGGGGAGGAGGCAGCCGCUGAGCCUGAAGAGAAGCCAAAGGGUCGCGCCACUCGCAGCAGUCUCGCCAAACUAGAGGCCGAAAGGUUAGCAGCAGAAGCUGCUGCCGCCGAAAAGGAAGAAAUUCGAGCAGAGCAGGAAUCGCGCAAUCGAGCCGAAGAAUUGAUGAGGGAAUUUGAUUGGAUAGAUCACCUUCGGAAGCGCAAUUUCUCUAACGGCGGAUGGGAGAGGAUUAUGGUUGGAUUGUUGCACCAGUUAUCCAAAGACGAUCGCUACAAGGAAUCUUGUGAGGAGUUGCUCGAGCAGCUAGUUCCGGCAGACUCAAAUCCUACACCAGAAGUCAUUCGACGGAGCUAUGCUGAGCUCGACGUCAACUAUCGCGUUAAGGCCUUGCAGAUCAUAUGUCUGCUUACGAUGGAGACAAAAGCUGUCCGCGGCUAUAUGGAAGACUGCAGUGAGACAAUGACCAAGUAUCGCAAGGACAGGAUCGAAUGGCAACGACAGAAGAAGCAAGCUAUCGAAGAUGUUCGCCAACUGCACGAACAACGCAGAGAGCUUGUACCCGACCCGGAUCCUUAUGAAGGAGUUGAUGCUAAUGUUGUGAAGGAAGAAGAGGAUGUCAAGAUGGCUGACGCUGACGAGUCCCAGAUCGACAAAGAAGAUGCAGAAGAAGGUAACGACGAGCCCAGCCAGCCAAAGGGUAAACGACGGGGUCGUGCACCGGCGGACAAGAAGAAGCAGAAAGAUGCAGAACCCGAAAAGGAGAAGAAAGAAAAGGAAAAAGAAAAAGCGAAGGAGAGGGAGAAGGCGGCGGAGAAAGAAAAAGAAAAGACGCGGAAAUUGAUCAAUCUAACUCCUCAACAACAGAAGCAGUACAAUAAGAUUCUGAAGGAGAUACAAAAGAAGGAGGACAUCAUCAAAGAAUGCGAAGAUGAGGUGGCAGUUAUCGAAAACGAUCUGCGCGAAGCGGACUGCCCACGUACAAGAGUCUUGGGCAAGGACCGCUUCUGGAACCGAUAUUACUGGUUUGAAAGAAACGGAAUGCCUUAUGGCGGGUUGCCAACAAGCUCAACAGCAGCAGCCGAAUAUGCCAACGGGUGCAUUUGGGUCCAGGGACCUGAUGACAUGGAACGCGAGGGGUACAUCGACGGACCUCCAGACUUGCAAAACGAAUACAAGGCCAAGUUCAAAAUGACGGUGUCGGAGCGCAAAGCUAGGGAGGAGAAUGGAACCAGCGUUUUCACGGCCAGACAAUGGGGCUACAUCUCAGAGCCUGAAGAUUUGCAUGCACUCAUUAAAUGGCUAGACCCUCGGGGCUCCAACGAGCUGAAGCUACGCAAGGAGCUCAUCAACUACAAGGAAAAAAUUGCCAAGCAUAUGGAAAACAGAAAGAAGUACCUGGCAAGUGACGAGGAUAAGGACAAAAAGGACGAGGCUGUGACGAAGAGAAGCAGCUCACGCAUCCGAGAGAAGACACCAGAGCCACCUACCUACCGUUGCCUGCAAUGGGAAAAUACAAUGGCGCUUGAGGAGCUAGGUCACAUCCAUUCAGACCCUCCGCCGCCGCCAAGAGCUAGGAAGCAAACUAAGAAGAGGGAGGCACAAACCGAGGCGGCGGGUCGAGGUGCAGCCAAGACUCGGCGGCGAGGCUAG